AUGGCGAGCAUCGAGAGCAGCGGACGGAUAGGGGGCGAGCUGGUGUGCGUGGUAUUCCCCGACGGGGUGGAGGUGGCGGCCGCCCUCGACGACCGGGGCACCGUUGACCUUGACUGCCUCCACCCCCACGCCCUUGGCCUCCAGGAGGAAGAGCAGCCCUUCAUGAACGACGCCUCCUCUUCCGAGCAGCAUCUGGGUGCUGCCUCCUCCUCUUCAUCUUCGCACUCUGCUCUUCGCCCCCUUCGCAUCGGCCGGGAUGUGCCGUACCACCUCCUUCACCACCAUCUGAACACCGCCGCCCAGCCUGUGGUCGGGGGAGGAGGUGGUGGUGGCGGGGUGGAGGCGCAGGAGCUGCGUGAGGUGAAGGCCCUCCUGCGUUCGCUCCUGGCCAGCGGUAGCGGCCCGUCGGCCACCACCACAGCGACCUCCACAGCGACCGCGUCCUCCACGUUCGUCGACGAGGCUGCCGCGUCCGACCGCAUUCCCCUCGCCUCGUUCUUCACCUCGGCUCCGCUGCCGUCUGACGGUGGCGCUGGCGCCGAGUCGGCCUCCCCCUCGCCGGCCACGGCGGCUCGAUCGUUGGCCCUCGCGCCGCCGCCACCGCCGCAGCCUGCGGCGUACUCGCCGGCGGUAGUGCCCACGUGUCGGCACGCGUGUGGUGCGGGGGAAAGCGGCGGGGACGCGGGUGUGCCGUCGUCGGGGAGCGGAGAGGGCAGUAAGCGAACCAAGCGGAAGGACAGCAAGCAGAAGCGGAUGGAGACUGCGACGUCGGAGGCGACGGACAACGGGGAGGCGAGCGGGGAGAUCGUGCGGGUGAACGUGGGCGGGAAGGAGUUCAUCACGCUUCGCUCGACGCUCUGCCGAUUCGAUGGCACCUUUCUCGAGGCAGUGUUCUCCGGCCGCCACCGCUCCGUGCGGGACUCCAUGGGCCGCUGCUUCAUCGACCGGCACGUCGCGGACUCUCUCUUUGUUCUUUGCUUCGCGAAUCCGCAACACUUCCAGGUGAUCUUGGACUUCCUGCGCGACCCGACGAUGACGUGCCCGGAGCUGCCGUCGCAGAAGGAGGAGAGACAGGCCUUCCUGCGCGAGGUCGAGUACUACGGCCUCAAGGAGGUCAUGGUGGGCGAAAAGAAAGAGGCCGAACUGCUGUGCGAGCAGGGCUACGCCUUCUACAACGGGAGGAAGGUGUCCAAGGACUACCGUAAGGCGGUCGAGCUGUGGCAGCGGGCAGCGGAGCUGGGUGAGGCGCGUGCGCAGAAUCGGCUGGCGAUGUGCUACAAGAACGGCGAGGGCGUGGAGCAGGACCUGUACAAGGCCAUCCCGCUCUUCCAGAAGGCGGCGGAGCAGGGCCUGCGGGACGCGCAGUACAACCUGGCCUGCAUCUACAAGAACGGUGAGGGUGUGGGCGUUGAUCUCACCAAGGCCAUCCUCUGGUUCCGUCGCGCCGAGGCCCAGGGCGACACCGAUGCCCGCCGCAUGCUCGAGACCCUCGCCUCCCUCGCCUCCGCCUCUUCUUGA